UCGGUGUUUCCGCCUGCCAGCCUCACUCUUCAUUAUCUAUAAGCCUUCUCUCCCUCUUCAUCUAUCUAUCUAUCUAUCUCAGUUUCUUUAUAGAACUUAGAUUCUAGGGUUUUUAAAGAGAAGAAGAAUUGCCUCUGGUAGUGAGGGGAUUGGGGAAACAUGGCCUCUAAUCCCGCUAAUCUGUGGGUGCUAUUGGGGCUUGGUCUAGCUGGGAUUCUCUUAAUGACUAGAAAGUUGAAGAAAGCGAUAAGGGAAGAUUUUGGCGCUUUUGUCGAGAAGCUUCAGCUCCUUCCUCCGCCGCAGCCUGCUCCUCCGAAAGCUCCUCAUCCCCUCUCUGGCCUUACCUUCGCUGUUUCUGACGUAUUUGACAUUGAAGGAUAUGUGACUGGAUUUGGUCAUCCAGAUUGGGAGAGGACACAUGAGGCAGCUUCUUGGACGUCUCCUGUUGUUUCAGCUCUUGUUGAAGGAGGUGCCACUUGCAUUGCGAAAACAAUUGUGGAUGAACUGGCUUAUAGUAUAAAUGGAGAAAAUAAGCAUUAUGGUACACCGACCAAUCCAGCAGCACCUGCAUAUGUACCAGGUGGAUCUUCUAGUGGAGCUGCUGUUGCUGUAGCUGCUAAACUUGUUGAUUUCUCUUUAGGUGUUGAUACUGUUGGUGGUGUUAGAAUACCUGCUGGAUUUUGUGGCAUUAUAGGAUUCCGACCGUCAUAUGGAGCCAUCCCUCACUUUGGGAUUUUACCUGUCUCGACAAGUCUUGACACUGUUGGAUGGUUUGCCAAGGAUCCAAAUGUUAUGCGUCGUGUUGGACAUGUGCUCUUGCAACUGCCUUUUGGAGUUCAACGAAAUCCGAGGCAAAUUAUAAUAGUUGAUGAUUGUUUUCAACUACUAAAGAUUCCUGUUGACAGGGUUGCGCAGGUGGUGAUUAAAUCCACUGAGAAGCUUUUUGGAAGACAAGUAUUGAGGCAUGAAAAUCUUGAGGAUAUUCUCUCUUCUAAAGUUCCAAGCUUAAAACAGUUCCAUGACAAAAAAACAAAUAGUGAACUUAGUACUUCUUCAAUAAGAUUGCUAGCCAAUAUUUUGCAGCUUCUGCAUAGAUAUGAAUUCAGAUAUAAUCACGAGGAAUGGAUUAAUGUGGAGAAGCCUAAUCUGGAUAUCUCUGCGCAAAUAAAUGAAAUCUUAGAGAUAACAGAUACAGAUAUUGGAAUUUUUAAAUCCAUCAGCAAUGAAUUACGUGCAGCCAUUGACUCACUUCUAAAGGACGAUGGAAUUCUGGUUAUCCCUACAACUGCUUAUCUUCCUCCAAAACUUGGUGCAAAAGAGAUGCUAUCAGAGGAUUACCAGAUUCAUUCAUUUAGUCUGUUGAGUAUUGCAAGCCUAUCAGGUUGUUGUCAGGUGACCAUUCCACUAGGACAUUAUGAUAAGCGUCCAGUUUCAGUAUCCUUCAUAGCCAGGCAUGGGGGUGAUCGCUUUCUGCUGGAUACUGUACAGAUCAUUUAUGCAUCUCUUCAAGAGCAGGUUGAUAUGCUUGCCAAGUCCAAAUUAUCUCCUAAUUCUGACAGUAAGGAAAGAACUGCUGAGAUGGCUAAAGAAAAGGGCAACCAAGCAUUCAAAGAUAAGCAGUGGCAGAAGGCUAUUGGCUAUUAUACCGAAGCAAUCAAACUCAAUGGCAAGAAUGCAACAUAUUAUAGUAACAGAGCUGCAGCAUAUCUUGAAUUAGGGAGUUUUGUUCAAGCUGAGGGUGAUUGUACUGAAGCUAUCAGCCUUGAUAAGAAGAAUGUAAAGGCCUAUUUACGCAGAGGCACAGCGAGAGAGAUGAUUGGUUAUUAUAAGGAGGCAAUUGAAGAUUUUAAAUACGCCCUGGUGCUUGAGCCAACUAAUAAAAGAGCUGCCCUUUCUGCUGAAAGAUUAAGAAAGUUGUUUGUGUAGAAGAUUGAAGAAUGCGUCUGUCUAGGAAUGGCGAAGUAUACAAUUUAUCAUUUUUUAUGAAAGCCUUAUAUCAAUCUCUGUUCAGCAGACGGCAUAAUCAACAUUUUGAUGAUCGUUACUUCUCAAUCAUCUCACACAAAAAUUUCUUUAAGAGUGCUUCACAAGUAGGGACGGGAGAGUAAUCCUUCUUCAUGGAAGGUAUGGAGGUCUGAAAUUAUUUUUGUUUGAUCCAGUAUUAGUUUUUAGCAUAUAUAACUGGGUAGUUAUCGCUAUUAUUAGAAUUUUGUAAGUAUGGUACAAUUUUGUUUGUUUUAAUAUCUUUAUGUAAGGGUUGUAAUUUUAGUUUUGAGGAGGAUUUGUCUACGUAUGAUCUUGUGUUGAUUAUGUAGCUUAUAAUUGACGUUGUUUUUCCUUUGAAA